AGAAGGCUCCGCUCCCUGACCCGAAAAACAUCAGUCUUCACUCGCUGUCUCCUACAACCCUAGCCAAGAAUUAUGCUUCUCCAACCUUCAUCUCUGCAUACCCGCCAUGUUUCUCUCCCGUCGAGCUUUUCUUGCUCUCGGAACCUCCCAUUCAAAGUACCCCAUCUCACCCUUAUCAAAGUCCCAGAGUUUCAGAAGCUCUCCGUCACAUGCUCCAUUUCGCAAAUCCACAGUUAUGGAACUGUCGACUACGAGAGGAGACCCAUGAUCAAAUGGAACUCUAUAUUCAAGAAAAUAUCGCUGAUGGAGAAGCCUGAAUUGGGUUCGGCGACUGUGCUGAAUGAGUUUGAGAAAGGAGGGAGGAAGCUCACCAAAUGGGAGCUUUGUAGGGUCGUCAGGGAACUGAGGAAAUUCAAGCGCUACAGACAAGCUCUUGAGGUUUAUGAUUGGAUGAACAAUAGAGUUGAGAGGUUCAGAUUCUCUGCGAGUGAUGCUGCCAUUCAAUUAGACCUUAUUGCUAAAGUGCGUGGAGUUUCAAGUGCUGAAGAUUUUUUCCUUAACCUGCCAGAUACUUUGAAGGACAAGAGGGUAUAUGGGUCUCUUCUAAAUGGCUAUGUGCGGGCUAGAAUGAGAGACAAGGCAGAGUCAUUAAUUGAAAAGAUGAGGGACAAAGGUUAUGUCAGGCAUCCACUUCCAUUUAACGUAAUGAUGACUCUCUACAUGAACCUCAAGGAGUAUGAUAAAGUUGACUCUAUGGUUGAGGAAAUGAAGCAGAAAGGGAUACCACUGGACUUGUAUUCCUACAAUAUCUGGUUAACAUCAUGUGGAUCCCAGGGAUCUGUAGAAAAGAUGGAGCAAGUGUGUGAAGAGAUGAAAGCGGAUCGAAACAUCAACCCACAUUGGACUACAUUCAGCACAUUGGCAACAAUGUAUAUCAAUAUGGGGUUGUUUGAAAAGGCUGAAGAGUGUUUGAGGAAGGUUGAGAGUAUAAUCACUGGCCGGGAUCGUAUGCCUUAUCAUUAUCUUGUAAGUCUGUAUGGUACCAUUGGCAAAAAAGAGGAGGUAUAUCGGGCUUGGAAGGUCUACAAAUCUAUGUUUCCCAGUAUUCCAAAUAUGGGUUAUCAUGCUAUGAUCUCAUCCCUUGUUCGAAUUGGAGAUAUUGAAGGGGCAGAAAACAUUUAUGAUGAAUGGUUGUCAGUUAAAUCAUCUUAUGAUCCAAGAGUAGUGAAUCUUAUGAUGGAUGCAUACAACAAAGAAGGAAAUUUGGACAAAGCUGAAAGUCUAUUCAAUCAAAUGGUUGAAGCUGGAGGAAAGCCAAAUCCAACUUCAUGGGAGAUUCUUGCUGAAGGGCAUAUUAGAGAUCAGAGAAUUUCUGAGGCUUUAUCUUGCCUGAAGGAGGCGUUUGCAAUUAGACACUUAAAGAGUUGGAAGCCAAAGCCUGUAAGUGUUUUAGCCUUCUUUGAUCUCUGUGAGGAAGAAGCUGAUGCUGCAAGUAGGGAUGUUUUAGUGGGAUUAUUGAGGCAAUCAGGAUUUCUGAAAAGUGAAGCUUAUGCAUCACUUAUUGGCUUAUCUGAUGAAGCAGUCAUUGGCAAUGAAUUGUUAAGGGGUAGAGAUAGAACUGAUAGCAGCAGUGCCAGCAAUGAGGAAGAGAAAGAUUCUGAAGCACUUCUCAGCCAACUGCAGGGCAGUGCAUGAUAUGGCUAUUGCUUCUUUCUUUCCAGAGGGACUUCACAUUGCUGUUAAUCUUGGUUGAAGGAAAGUCCAUUAUUAUUUUGUUGGCCAACGUCUAUUACUUAUUUUAAUGGACCUGAAGUAUGAGAGCUUUGAUAUCUAGUUCUGCUAAGCCAGGAACGUGGGUCCAGAGACUCUCUUGGUGAGAAAAGAACACUUUCCUUUAUCUACUAUUAAAGAUUUUGCAUCAAUUUUUAUACAGGUCUCUGUAAGUGUGGGAACGUAGUUUUCACUGCAUUUGUGGAAAAAACGUGAAUCAUAUCACAGUUUCAUGACUCAAUUGUCCGACUCUCUAAUUGAGUUUAAUAUAAUAAUCAGAUUGUUUUAUAAUUGACAUGUUUGAUUAAGAUAGUGCAUUGCUAAUCAACUUGCUUUAACAGGUAAUGUGAUUGAAAGGAAGCAGCUUCUUUGUUGUGCUUUCUCUUUGACAAUGACUUUACGCCAUUAUAUCUGAAUUGCAUGGAUUCAACAUGCUUCACAUACAAAUUUUUGGUCUCUGUAUAAAAUAAAGCCUAAUUAACUACACAGAUGUUCAAUCUUUCUAUGCUGUAUAAAGAUGGAUGAAGUCCGCGGUGGAAGAAUAAUACUUUCUCAAGAAAUUAAAAAGGAAAAAAUAUGCAUGUGUUUGUCUUAAAUCUUUUCAGGGAGCUGUCUUGACAUGAUUGGUAGCUAUCCAAAAACUUAGGAGGAUUAUCAAUGGUUGAAUACAAAGCUUUUAGUGAG